UUCUAUUUAAACGCUUCCCCACCGGCUCUAAUUUGACGGUCAUCUGUAUAUAGUGAUAAUUAUUUGUAUCUGAUCGUUAUCGGCGUGGUCACACUGAUGUACAGGCUAAUUCCAAACCAGGACUGAAAGAUUUAUUUUCUUAAGUAAAAUAGAUGGAUCUAUAUGACGAUAUAGAUACGAAGCAACGAGCUGGCGAGAUUGAUGGCUGGUCGUCUGGCAUUAAAAUGUUGCAGACCCAGCUGGCCGUAAAGAAAGCCGUCAAAAAACCUCUAAUGACGCCGGUGGUCAAUUUAAGAGCCAAGCGCCCCGUCGAGCCGGAAGCAUUUUUUGCUUCAAUGCCAGUGGUGGUGGUCAAGCCCAUAAUCACUGGUAAGCCGCUACUUCCCGUGUUGGAAAGUGCGAGCAAGGACGACUGGGACUUCGCGGACGAGUAUGACCCACAGUGGCCGAAUGAAUACGAGAAACUCAAAGAGAACUCUAAGAGCAGUGAGAAGUCCCGAGCUAUCACUGGCGGCGGAGGAAGCCAUCGAGAAGAACGCGAUAAGGACCGGGAACGGGAGAGGAAACGAGGGCGCAUCGGUCGUCGGGAAGUCUACAAAGACGAUGUCUUACCGCCAAAUAUGAAGUUUAGCGGGUUCGGCCAGCUACAGAGCGCUGAUGACUUGUAUAGUCCGCCGACAGUGGGCUCUGUUGCAAAGCAGGGAGGGGGUGCCGCCAUCGCUCCUCCUCCUUCACUCCAAGAGAUGUCAAUAGAGAGUGAAGAUGGAUCCUCCAACGUUACUGCACCAUACUCUGCAAGCUCGGUCGCAGCUAAAAUAAUGGCCAAAUACGGCUUUAAAGAUGGCCAAGGCCUGGGAAAGUCUGAGCAGGGUAUGUCAAUAGCCCUGCAAGUGGAAAAGACUUCCAAACGGUGCGGUCGUAUCAUACACGAGAAAGACGUCUUUCUGCCGCCUUCGUCCUUGUCGCCACCUGCGAUUGGCUCUCCAACUAGACUAAGUCCCAGUGACAACGGGAUGCCACCACCCCCAUUAGCACCCCAAGCCGCUCUUAGCGGCGAUACUGAGCCCAGCAUCACAGAAAUCAUGAAAUCGCCAAGCAAGGUUGUUCUUCUUCGCAAUAUGGUCGGGCCUGGGGACGUUGAUGAGGAGUUGGAGCCAGAGGUGAAGGACGAGUGCAACACAAAAUACGGCAAAGUGAACAGCGUAAUUAUACACGAAGCGUUCGGAACUGUGCCAGAAGAUGCAGUUAAGAUAUUUGUGGAGUUUAAGCGAAUCGAAAGUGCUAUUAAAGCUGUGGUGGACUUAAAUGGCCGCUUUUUUGGAGGCCGUCAAGUGCGAGCAGGGUUUUAUAACUAUGAUAAGUUUAAAUGUUUUCAAUUAAAUUAGCAUUCAUAAAAAUU